CAGAGCAAUUAUUGAGAAGCCAAAAUUUCUUAAUCCUUCUUGAUGACUUCGAUACACGGAGAAUAAAUUUGCAUGACCUGGGGAAUGGCUGGUGGAACUCAGACAACACUCAAAAGAUAGCUUUGAUAAGCUUUCUAGUUCAUCCAGAGGCGCCAGUGGAUCUGGAGAUUAGGAGGAACCAUCAUCUAUUAUCAUGGGAAUUAUUUUGUAUGAAUGUUGGUGAAGUUGUGCAUUCUUCAACUAUCCAGAAACUAGCUGUACUUGUGUUGAAACAAUGCUCUGGCCAUUUACUAGCCACUGUUCUAAUGGCAAGAGCCUUAAAAGAGGUCAAGGAUGUUCGUAUCUGGCAGCAUGCAUCUCGGGUAAUAAGCUUUCUACCAACAUCACACACCGAAGAUAGAAUUUUGCUUAAUGCAUUAUCAUUUGUUCUGGGGCAUUUAGGUUCUGCAAAUAAAUAUGUAAAAUAUUGUGCAUCUUAUCUAGAGAUAGAAGGAACAUACAAAGUGGAUUUGCUUGAAAGGUGGAUGAACGAAGACUUAAUCGGAACACUCGAUGAAGGAGAACAGAUUGUUCAACAUCUUGUCAAUGCCCUCUUGUUGGAAAGCUUUCAGAAUGGACAGUCAAUUCGAAUGCGAGAUGAAAUCCGUAAGGAGUUAAUGAAUUUUUAUAAAGCCGAAACGAAUCCAAUACUACUUGUUGAAUUAGAUGGAAGAGGACUCAUGGAGGCACCAAAAAAUGAGGCAUGGGAGGAAGCUAAUGAGAUGCAUUUGAUGAAUAAUAAAAUAUCCAAGCUACCAGAUAAUCCAAAUAGCCCUAAACUCAGCGUAUUGUUCUUACAAGAUGCAGGUGAUGACAGAUAUGGUGUGCUUCAAUCACUAGAGUACUUGUAUCUUCAUUAUAUGAAGAAUCUAAGGAGCAUCUGGAAAGGGCCACCUAUUUGGAUGGGUUCGCUAUCCAAUCUAAAAGUUUUGGCAUUGCAUACCUGCCCUGAAUUGGCUACCAUUUUUACUUUCAAUAUUCUUCAACAGUGCUGCAACUUAGAGGAGCUUGUGGUUGAAGACUGCCCUGAAAUCAACAGCAUAGUGAAUCAUAAAGUUCUUGCUAAAGAUGUAGGGCCAUGGGCAUGGUAUCUGCCAAAGUUGAAGAAGAUGUCCAUUCAUUACAUGCCUAAAUUGGCCAGCAUUUCCCAAGGUGUACUGAUUGCACCAAACUUAGAAUGGCUAAGCCUCUAUGAUUGCCCGAGCCUCAAAAUUCUCUCCCCAGAGGAAGUUAGCAGUUGUAAAUUAAAGGUCAUAAUAGGAGAGGCAGACUGGUGGAGUGCAUUGGAGUGGAAAAAAUCAGAAUGGUUUCAACCACCAAAUCUGGAUGCUAUCUUUGUUCCAAUUGAAAGGGACAUAGAUUUGAGGACACAGUUAGCAGAAAUUAAUGAUCAGCUUCAAGCUCAGAUGCAAAAAACAGAGCCCUCUCAACAGUCAGGUCCUGGUGACUCUCUGAAGGCCCCUGCAGUUGAGGCUGGAACAAGCGCAAAGCAGAAGCAAAUGAAGCUCGGGCAUCUUUUCAUGAAGUGGCCACUCUCAGAAUUCCAUCCUUUUCUCAUUCAAGUUCCCUGAAUGUGAACAAACUAAGGCAUCUAGUUUGGUAUUUUCCGGAUAGCUGCUGAUUGUCUUAUUGAUUGUUGUUUGUUUAGUUAUUUCAUGUUGUGCUUGAUUGUGGGGAAAAUGAAACUUAGGACCUUACUUUAAUCUCUUUGAAUAAAUUGUGAUGUGGACUUGUUUAUGCUUUUUGAAUCCAGUAUUCAAAAGCAACAUGCUUCAGUUUGUAUUGAAGUAGCAAUCAGUUUUAUAUAAUGUACCCUUGUUUAAGCAGUGUUACCCCUCCAAUAAAUUUUGCGAGGAAUGCAGCUCAUCACAGCGAGUAUGCUGUUGAUUUGAAAAGUUCCCUUGCCAGAAUCUGUGGUGGUUGUGGGCAACUUGGCCUUUGAUCUGAUAAACAUCAAGCAGCUGCACACACUGACAUUUUAUUCAUACUCGUGUAUACCAAAGCAGUACAAGGUUUCUGGAUCCUACACACAAACCAUCUCUACAAGUCAUCUGCCAAAGUUGAUUAAGAUAUCACUCUAUUACUUGCCUAAAUUGAUCAGAAUUUGUAGGUCAUCGGAGAGGCAGACAGGUGGAGUUCAUUGAAGUGGAGUAAUUCAGAAUCGACUAGGGCACCUAAUCUUGAUUCAUCUUUUUUUCCCAUUAAAAGUGACACAAAUUUGAAGACUCAGUUGGCAGAAGUUGAUCAACUUCAAGCUUCAAGCUGUUGUCCAUGCUGGAAUAAGCUCAAAGAAGUCAACGCUCAAAUGGCCACUCUCAGGACUUUGGGACUUCGACCUGCUCAUUCAAUCUUGAUCACAGUGAACAAAUCAACCCUCAACCAGGAAUUUGUCUUAAAUUCAAAGUAGCAACCAGUUUUAUGUCAUAUACUAUUGUUCAAGUAGUUCUACACAAUCCACCCUCUUUUUCCAGGCAACAUGGCUGGUCA